AAUCUGUGCAACAUAUUUGACGUAUUGGGAAAUCUAACCUUAUUUUUUUGUAAAUUAUAAAAUUCUUACCAAGAUUCUUACUGUAAGAUUCUUAUGAUAUGAUUAUUAUUUAAAACAAUGAAACUAGACAAAAUAUGCCGAACUUGCUUACAGGAAAAACAAGAUUUGAAGUCCAUAUUUGAUGCAUACAUUCCAAAUAUGAUAAUGGCACUUACAACUGUACAGGUAGUGCAAGGGGACGGACUACCCCAUCAAAUAUGCACACAGUGUCUUAGAGAUGUCAGUAAAGCAUAUGCAUUUAGACAAAAAUGUGAAAAGUCUGAUACCACUGUACGGAAUUAUAUUAACAUUAAUAGUUUAAAUACAAACUUGAGUCAGCUCUGUGAUCUUCCUGUCCAUAAUAAUUUUGGAAAUGAUACCUUAAUGCCUACCUGCAAUAAUGAUAAUAAUAUUUUAAACAAUCAAGUAUUGCCUAAUUAUAAUACUUUAUCUAAUGGAAGUUUAUUAUCGAAUAGUGCAUUAAAUAAUAGCAGUAAUAUGAUUGGAUUUCCUAAUCCAGUUAAUACGUUAGAUAAUAAUUUAUCUCAAAACCAUCUGAAUAACAUCGAAAACAAUUUUAUGGGAAAUAUUAACGAAGUUAGGAAUGAUUUUUUUGGAAAUGGAGACAUGUUGCAGCAAAGUUCUUUUUUUCAAGAUAUAUUCAGUGACCCGACUAGUGAAUCUUUUGUAGAAAAUUUUACUAAUAGUCAAAAUAAUGCAGUUGUACCAGAUUUUGUUGAGACAAUGCAGAGUUUACAAACGAUUGCUGAGCAGUGUUUACCUGAAUCAUGGGAAAAUGAAAAUCAGUCUUGUCAAAUAGGUAAUCAAGAAACAGCAAACAAUUUUGAUUUAGUAGACGAUUUAUUUAAGUGCCAGUUUUGUGAAAAUAUUUAUAAAGAUGCGUGGUCGUUAGACGAUCAUAUAAAAAAUCAAAACUGUCAAGACAAAUAUUUUUGUUCCAACAUUACCAACGAAUUAACGAAAAGUAUGUUAUUAGAAUAUACCUUUGAUACCAAUUCUAAAGAUAAUCUUAUGUUUGAAAAUAUUGAGCCUAAGUACCAGAAUUUACUAUGUGAUGUAUGUGAUAGAACAUUUACUGAACAAAAAUAUCUGAAAAAACAUUUAAAAGAUAUACAUUUUAUUGAUACAGCUUGUAUACAUGAUGAGAAAAAGCAUAGCUGCACAAUUUGCUUUAAAAGAUUUAGACAAUAUAAAGUUCUCUUAUUACAUAUGCGUUCACAUACGGGUGAAAGGCCUCUAAAAUGUGAUAUAUGUUUAAAAACUUUUGCUUUGCCAAGUAGUUUAAGGAUCCAUAAGCAGGUUCAUGCACAAGAGAAACAGUACGGAUGUCACAUUUGUCCGAAAAAGUUUAAGUUAAAACCUACUUUAAAUAGCCAUAUUUUAACACAUUCAGGAGAGAGACCUCAUAUCUGUCAAAAUUGCGGUAAAAGUUUUGCCACAUUUACAAAUUUAAAAAUCCACAAGAGAUUGCAUACAGGAGUGAAGCCUUUCUUUUGUACAUUCUGCAGUAAAUCAUAUAAUUCUAGUACACAAUUAAAAAAGCACAACAGGAUCCACACAGGAGAAAAGCCUUAUACAUGUUGGAUUUGUGGAGAGGGCUUUAGAAGAAAAGAAACAAGGGAUACUCAUGCUAGGUAUCAUACAGGCGAAAGGCCGUACAGUUGCAAGAUUUGCCAGAAAAAGUAUAUAGCAGCUAGCCAUUUAAGGGAUCAUAUGAGGAGUCACGAAGACGACAAAAAAUUUAACUGUAUGAUGUGUCAAAAGAAAUUUCAAGAUAUGAGGAGUUUGAAGGCCCACAUUGCAACACAUACCGGACAAAAGUCAUAUCUAUGUAGAUUUUGUGGCAAUCGUUUUGUUUUUAAAAGCGGCUUAAAUACCCAUCUAAGAACAUGCCACAAGGACCAAAAUACUCAGAAUAAAAAUAGUACUGAUUAAUGUAGGUAAUAACAUUAGAGAAUUAAGAUUAACAUUAAAUGC